AAACAAACUUGGACUAAAAAGAACAAAAGUGCUCGCAGUUCACAUUAAAACAGACCAAACCACUCUCUCUCUCUCUCUCUCUCGUAGUCUCUCUGGAGAGAGAAACAAAAACCUUUGAUGUAUACACACGAGUAUAUAUACACUUAAUAUUCCAAUAAUUCUAUUCUCUCUUUCACUGUAUAUACAUCAAGUUCUUCAUCUCCGAUCGUUUCAAAUCACUGUGUGACUGUGUGUACUUGUAUAUAUAGUGUAAAGGUAGUGUGUGACUGUGUGUGAGAGAGAGAGAGCUUUUAAGAAGCUAGAUAUUUGUAUGGAGUUGUACGGACAUAGUGGAAACGGGUCACAGACGGAUCAAUGGGCUGCACCGGGUCAGGAAACGGGUCUUGAAGAAUCUAUGAUGCGGUUAGGGUUGUUGGGCGGGGAGUUGUAUCCGGAGAGAGGAGGUGUGCCUAAUUGUGCUUACUAUAUGCGAACUGGUUCCUGUGGAUAUGGUAACAAAUGUCGGUACAAUCAUCCCCGUGAUCGUAAUUCGGUUGGUGGAGUUGUAAGGACUGCAGGAGGUGAAUUUCCAGAGAGAAUAGGGGAACCUGAAUGCCAGUAUUAUUUAAGAACUGGGACUUGUAAAUUUGGUACUACCUGUAAAUUUCAUCACCCCCGAAAUGGAGGUGGUUCAUUAAGCAAUGUACCAGUAAAUAUAUAUGGAUACCCGUUCCGACCGGGUGAGAAAGAAUGCUCCUAUUAUUUGAAAACGGGGCAGUGCAAAUUUGGUUUAACUUGCAAAUUUGAUCAUCCUCAGCUGCCUGGUAUAUCAGUGCCGGCAUCUGUACGUCCAUAUUAUCCAACUGUGCAGUCUUCACCCCCGCCUGACCAGUAUGGAGGAGCAACAACCAGCUACAGGGUUCCAAGACCCCCAUUAUUGCCAGGGUCAUAUGUAUCAGGUGCUUAUGGUCCCUUGCUGCUUCCCCAAGGUGUGAUGCCUAUUCCAAACUGGAGUCCGUAUUCGGGACCUGUAAGCCCUGUAAUGUCUCCUGGUGCUCAACCUUCAGUUGGAGCAGCUUCUUUGUACGGUGUGACACCACUAUCUUCUUCCGCUCCUGCAUUUGCAGGUCCUUAUGCCCCUUUACCUUCUUCUGCUGGCCAGUCGAGUAACAGCCGGAUGGAGCACCAAUUUCCGGAGCGCCCUGGCCAACCCGAAUGUAAAUACUAUAUGAAAAAUGGGGACUGUAAGUUUGGAUCAUCUUGCAAGUAUCACCAUCCACCAGACUGGGCUAAUUUAAAGACAAGUUGCGUUCUCAGCCACAUAGGACUACCUUUGCGUCCGGGCGUGCAACCUUGCAGUUUCUAUAUGCAGAAUAAAUACUGCAAAUUUGGGCAUACUUGCAAAUUUGAUCAUCCGGUGGGAGCUAUAAGAUACAACACCUCCACUUCAUCUCUCAAUGACAUGGCAGUUGCUCCAUACAUGCUUCAAUCUACCCUAACUACAACUAUUCCAUUUCCAGAGCUACAGCCUGAAUUUGUAUCAGGGUCUAACCUGGAUCCUCAUUUGACUUAGGCUACUGCUACGUGGAAAUUGGAACACUGCUAAGGACUAUGCAAGCUUCUUCUUGAUGAUCUAGCACAGCUUUCUUGACAGAAUUUUCCCUUGGGAACAAUUAGUGUUGCAGAAGAAAACAAAGACAAGCUCACCGUCAAUCUGAAACUGUAAAAAAGCGCUGCUCAAUAAUGGUCAAUGUUCGGUUGUGAACCUAUUUUUGGUUUUUUAGUUCUAGAUCUGGAAACUAAUGUAGUUUGUUGUGUGAAGUUUUAUGUUUUCAAACUUUAAUGACCUACUUGGUACAUUGCUCAUGGUAUAUAGAUAAAUCAGGUGAAUCUUUCUGGGGCA